CCUGCACUUCUCGGUUUUCCCCCCUGGGAGAACUCUCUGGAACAUUUCUGGACAAGGAAGAGCUACAACCCUACAUACACACGCACACGCACACACACACACACACGUACACACACACACACACACCCUCUACAAGUUACAGUAGAGGCUACUUCCCCCUUUUCCAAUGCACACCUGCUGCAUUCGUAACGGACUGAGAGAGGGGGGUCUUCGGCACUCUGUUGAGAGUGUGCGCAUGUUGUGAGCUGGACUGUGUGCGUGUGUGCGUGUGCGAGAAAGAGAGAGAGAGAGAGAGAGAGAGAGAGAGAGAGAGAGGGAGAAGGAGAGAGGGAGCGAGAGAGACAGUCUGUGUGUGUCAGGAGGCAUGUUGGAGUUUGCCUGCCCCUGCAUCCGUCAAUGGGAGAGGUACUACCCUUAGGAGAGCACCAAUGGAUCCCUGGAGGGCAAAGCUACAAUUCGGCUGAGGACCCAGGAAAGAAGCUACACCAGCCAGACCCUUCCAAAGACACUCUCUGCCACCCAUACACACACACAAGUGGAGCCCAGCGAGACACACUCUCAUGUGUCGCUGCACUCAGGGCAGAGGGCAGGUCCAGUAUUCUCGGCUCUGACUGGCUCCUACAAUCCACCCCGCUCCACUCUGCCUUCUCAUUGGUCCAGGCCUGAGAGGCUUGUGGGCCGCCUGUGAGUCCCGCCGCCCGGCGUCAGGCAUGAGCGCGAGCCGCCCGCAGCAGCGCUACAGCAUUGUGUCGUCGGACGGCGAGCACCAGCACCACAACCAUCGGGCCAUCGCAUCCUCGGCCACCGCCAUCACCGCGGCGACCGCCUCCUCAUCCUCCGCCGUCAAGAUGCCCGCCCUCGGCAACGGCUUCGGCAACGGCAAGAUCCAGACGCGGCGCAACCGGCGGAGCCGCUUCGUCAACAAGACGGGCCAGUGCAACGUGCGCUUCUCGCACGUGGAGGAGCAGUCGCAGCGCUACCUGGCAGACAUCUUCACCACCUGCGUGGACGUGCGCUGGCGCUGGAUGUUCCUCAUCUUCUCGCUGGUCUUCGUGGUGUCCUGGCUGGCGUUCGGCCUGGCCUUCUGGGUCAUCGCGCUACUCCACGGGGACCUGGACGACGUCCUGGCGGCGGGCGGUGGCGGAGGAGGAGGAGGAGUUGGAGGUGAUGGCGGUGAUGGCGGCGAUGGCGGCAGCGACAAUAACAGCGAGGCGGAGAGCGUGCCCAGCCUCACGCCGUGUGUCAUGCAGGUGAACAGCUUCGUGGCGGCCUUCCUAUUCUCCAUCGAGACGCAGACCACCAUCGGUUACGGCUUCCGCUGCGUGACGGAGGAGUGCCCGCUGGCCGUCUUCCUGGUGGUGCUGCAGAGCAUCGUGGGCUGCAUCAUCGACUCCUUCAUGAUCGGCGCCAUCAUGGCCAAGAUGGCGCGGCCCAAGAAGCGCGCCGAGACCCUGCUCUUCUCGCACAACGCCAUCAUCGCCAUGCGCGACGGCAAGCUCUGCCUGAUGUUCCGCGUGGGCAACCUGCGCAAGAGCCACAUCGUGGAGGCGCACGUGCGCGCCCAGAUGGUCAAGCCGCGCUUCACCGAGGAAGGCGAGUACAUCCCCCUGGAGCAGAUCGACAUCAACGUGGGCUACGACACCGGCUGGGACCGCAUCUUCCUGGUCACGCCCGUCACCAUCCUGCACGAGAUCAACGAGGAGAGCCCGCUCUUCGGCAUCAGCAAGCAGGACCUGGACACGGCCGACUUCGAGAUCGUGGUGAUCCUGGAGGGCAUCGUGGAGGCCACAUCCAUGACGGCGCAGGCCCGCAGCUCCUACCUGGCCAGCGAGAUCCUGUGGGGCCACCGCUUCGAGCCCGUGGUGUUCGAGGAGAAGAGCGCCUACAAGGUGGACUACACGCACUUCCACAAGACCUACGAGGUGCCCAGCACGCCGCGCUGCAGCGCCAAGGACAUCGAGGAGAACAAGAUGGCGUCCGGCAGCGCCAACUCGUUCUGUUACGAGAACGAGCUGGCCUUCCUGAGCCGCGACGAGGAGGAGGAGGAGGACGAGCGUGCCAGGGCGGAGCAGGGAGCCGAGCUGGAGACGCUAUCGGCCAACUUGAAUCUGGACCACUCCUUCCACAGGGAGUCUGAGAUCUGAACAAGUUAUUUUCCUCUCUGUUUCUUCUUUCUCUCUGGUCUGGUCUGGUAUGGUUCACCGGCUGAACUUGCUGAUGUCAGACGGUCUCGUGUAUGCAAAAGAGUGUUGGUGUUACAGUUUUGGUUCUUCAAGAGUGUUAUGGAGAACAAGGCGAGAGCCAUAAGCCAAUAUAACUACUGUAUAAAAAUACACCCACUGCAAAUCUACUUUAUUAGUCCCAUGUGGACCUGUGUAGGACAAAAAACAACACAAAACAAGAAAGUAGGUUGAACAGCUGACUGGACUGAGCUGAAAUGGAACUAGGACUGGACUGUUUCGUCCUCGCCACCCGUGAAGAAAACUUGAAUUUUUCCCCCCUCCCUGUUAGGUUUGUUGCUGUAGUGUGCGAGCUCAGAGCUUUAAAUAAUGCAAUAAGAGACAAAGACGCCAUUUUGUGUCAAUAAUAUCUGUACUUUUCCCAAGAGCUUGAUGCCAUGCACAUAUGAAAUGGAGUACUGUAGAUGUCCUUGAUCCAUAAGUGUUUACUUAUCCAGUCUAGGCUUGCCCUUAUAAUGGCGGCAGAAGCCAUUUUGUAGGCGAUCACCUGUCUCCUAGUUAGUUUUCACAGAAUGCUAUUUAGCUCCUCCCUCCCCUAUGCCAAGAGAACGUCUGGCGAUACCAAAAUAAGCAAAGAAUCUAUGAUUGAUGAUGACGAAGUCCGAGGCCUCGUGUUCUGAUCUAAUUUUUCGUGGCCAAAAUAACUUUGAUUGCAUUCACAUACACACUCAAAACUCACACUCACACAAUUCAAUAAGCCACAGUAGGGCAACGCAAAGCAAUGUGUGUCUCUCGUCAAUGGAGUCCGUCGGAGUUUGGAGCCUGCUGGUGGAAUGCUUUUUAAAGAGUUCCCUGAUUCGGCAGGUUUCCCAUUCUAUCCUCUCUCCUGCGUUUCUGGGGGACGGCCAGCGCCCCAGCCGGGCCAAUUUUUCAGCGAGACGUGGCUUUCCCCCGAGGCUAUGGGAACCACUUAGUGUCCGGAAACAUUACGCUCACAAGUGGUCUCUCUGUGGCCCUUUCCCAGCGCUGGUUUUUACUGUACUUGUUGGGCCACCUUUUCUGUCGAUCCGAUCUGCAUCGGGUCUUACUUAGCUAGUCGUAUGCUGCUAGUCAGGGAAUAGUCACGGGAAACAGGAACAAAGACUUUUUAUUUGAAAUUGAAAUAUACGUUAGUAAAAAAUGAUGCACUGAUUGGGAAUGGACUUCCUGAGAGGGAGCCAAUGAGAGGGAAGCAAUGGUCACUUUAAAGAAGAAUGCCGGCCAGUUUCAACAUGCAGUUGUAUUGCUCACACUGCCCUUGACCUGUCAGUAACCGAACAGAGGCACCAUUUUUGUUCAGCACUUUUCCGAGACUCUGGUCAGCUAAUGGGGACAAGGCUUUGUUUACAGAAUGCUUGAAAUGUCUUAACAUAUCCCAAAUAUCAUUCCAAAAGUUGUGCAACAUCUGCAGACCCCUUACAACUUUUGGGUUGAUAUUUGGAGCAGGGUUUGAUGUUUCGGACAACAUGUAAACAAACUCAAGUGCCCUUUAACUGGCCAGAAUCUCAGAAAUGGCUAAACAAAAACAAAAAUGGUUUAUCUUUGGGAACCACCAAGUCAAUGAUAGUGUGAGCAAUACAACACCAUGUUGAAAUUGGCCGGAAUUUCUCUUUGAGAAAUAAGUUUGUCUUGAAAAAAGUUAGAAGGUAUUUUUUUGUCCAGAGGGAGUCUGUCUAGACUGUUUGUUUCUGUGUCAGCGAAAGAGUGGAGAAGGUAUUUAUAAUCUUCAAUUAGAGCAUUAAGGAACAUGCUGAGGAACAUGACGUAUCUUAAAUGGUACACCUUGGUGUAAUAUUCUUUCAUAUUUAAGCAAAUGUAAAUAGAUUUUAGCACACGUUAUUAUAAUGACUGUAGGCUGUUAGUAGACACAGUUGUAGACCUCAUGAAUAUCUUUGCCUUUAAGUACAAAGGAAAAUAAUAGUAGUUAUUGUAAACCCACACACGACUUACAGUACAUGUGUAUGCUUCAAACAAACGUAACACACAUUGGAUGGUGGGCAAGGCUAAUGGUUUGCUGUAUUGUUAGACGGCAGCCUGAAAGCACAGUUUAAAAGAAGAGGCACAUUUGAACCAGUCCAAGUGCAUAUUACGAGUAAAAUGGUAUGUUGGAAUAUAUCAUAACUGGGAGACAUAACACCACUACAGCACAAGGACAUGCCUCAGUUUAAAGGGAAAAAAUAUGCUCUAGUUGUACUUCAGAAAUUCCACACACCAUAGCCUGACUAGCCUACUCCAAGCAGUAGCAUGACACGGGAAGGUUAGCCUUUCAGCUAAAUGUUGCGUCCUUAAACGACGUCCUGGAGAGGUCAUAAGCUAUUUUGCAGAUAAGUGCACAGCGGUGCCUUUGAUGACAUGAUGACAUUUAAAUGUCCUAACAUCCAUUUUAUGAAGGGCCCUCUCUGAGAAAAUGAAACGGCUCAUCUCUCGGGGGGCUUAUCCAAAUAAGAUAGAUUCAAAUUCAAAUUUUCUUUUGCACUGUUCCCCCCCGCCACACAGCAACAGCAACAUGUCUUGCAGAGAAAACACAUCAGGUUCCCUUGUCACUGCUGCUGGAGGAGAAAUCUAAGGGAGGGAGUCUUUGGUGUGAGUGAGUGAGUGCGGGAGAGAGUGAGUGAGUGAGUGAGUGAGAUAGAGAGAGAGGAAUUGAAGGAGGUAUGGAGGGAGGGGGGAACAGAGGGAGGGAGGGAGGAGGGGUAGGUGAGAAAAGAUGAGAUGAGUGUUCACCGGGUGACUCUAUCCAUCCAUCAUUGUGCGCAGCAGGAGACACGUGUGGGUCUGAUU